AUGCUGGUCACGAAGGUUACCAGAUGGUCAGGAGCUAGAAUUGGCGUUGGCUGGGGCGAGGGAGGCAUAGAGUUGAGCUUUCUUGGACCCGCUGAGGGUAGAGGUCAAGUUGGUGAGGUCAAAGACGAGUUGGCACUGUUUACCAGCGUAUUUCUUGUCGUUGUCGAAGGUGACAAGGGUGCUAAUGUCGCCGCCGUUGUUGUUGGAGCUACGGCUGACAAGGCCUUGGGCUGUGUGGAACGCAACAGCACCGGUGGCGGAGUUGUAUUGGCUGGUGUAGUUAGAGUAGAUGGUAGCGACAGGUUCGUUGGCGUGGGCGACCAGAGGGGCGUUGGCAAUGAGUAA